CAGGCAAAUGUCAUUGUGUCAAAAAUAAACAUAAAUAAUCUUGCAUUAGGAGAAGAAUUGUAAUCAGUUUGUGUUAAAGUGUUUAUAAAAAUGUGAUUAAAACUUUAUUUUUUAGUCAAAACUGAUCAAAAGUAGCGUCAUUUUAAAUCGUUAAAUUGGAUAAUAGUGUCGAAAAUGGCACAAAACGCCGGAGAUUUUGCAGCAAAUUCUAUCGAUUUUGAUACUGAAAAUCUUCUAAUAAGCAGAACAUCAAAAGACGAGGAUUUUUCCUUCGAUGAAGUUAUUGGAAUUAUAGAGGACAUCUUGAUGGAGGAUGAGUUCCAAGCAUUGCAGCAGCGAUAUUUGGAAAAGUACUGGCAAAUUUUUGAGCCUGUCGAGGAAAAUAAACUAAUUUACAUGGAUAUAUUCAAUGAAUAUAACAGAGAAAUAGAAACUUAUUUGGAGAACAGUAUGAAGAAAGUUAUUCCAAAUUUUUCUAUGGUUACCCUCCUAAAUCAACUGAACAACAGACGAUCAGAAUUGGAAGGCGAGAUUUUUGAAAUUCUUUUAGCGUUUACUGAUUUCAUCGCUUUCAAGGAAAUGAUUCUUGAUUACAGAGCUGUGAAAGAAGGAAGGGUACAAGAUUUCAGCAACAGUUUAUUCGUAACACCAAUGAAAUCGUACGAUUCAGGCAAUAACUAAUUCAGGAUUACAAAAAAAAAGAAAAAAAAACAAACAAAAAAACAAUGAAGAUCUAUCACGCAUGAAAUUGCAGUUUUUGUACCUAUAAGUUUGGGUUUAGUCAUUCCGUUAUUUAUACUUCGUAUUAGGAAUUUGAUAAUGAUAAUUUUGUGUAUAUAAUAAAAACUAUUCU